AUGUGGUCAGAUACAGAAGAUGAGAUUUUUCGAUCCAUAGAUUUAAACAAUGUCAUUCUUGUAAAUGAGUCACCAAAAGAACAAAAUGUAAAUAAAGGUGACAGUACAGUAAAUGAGACAAGUGUACAAGACAGAAAUGAAAAUGACACUGUUGUGAAUGAGUUGUCAAGUGUACAAGACAGAAAUGAAAAUGACAAUAUUGUGAAUGAGUUGUCACGUGUACAAGACAGAAACGAAAAUGUCAAUAUUGUGAAUGAGUUAUUACAUGAAGAAGAUGAAAAUGGAGACGACAAUACCACAAAUGAAAAUGACAAUAUUGUGAAUGAGUUGUCAAGUGUACAAGACAGAAAUGAAAAUGACAAUAUUGUGAAUGAGUUGUCACAUGUACGAGAUGUAAAUGAAGACGACAGUACAGUAAAUGAGUUGUCAAAUGUUCAAGACAGAAAUGAAAAUGGCAAUAUUGUGAAUGAGUUGUCAAGUGUACAAGACAGAAAUGAAAAUGGCAAUAUUGUGAAUGAGUUGUCAAGUGUACAAGACAGAAAUGAAAAUGGCAAUAUUGUGAAUGAGUUGUCAAGUGUACAAGACAGAAAUGAAAAUGGCAAUAUUGUGAAUGAGUUGUCAAGUGUACAAGACAGAAAUGAAAAUGACAAUAUUGUGAAUGAGUUGUCAAGUGUACGAGAUAUAAAUAAAGACGACAAUACAGUGAAUGAGUUGUCAAAUGUUCAAGACAGAAACGAAAAUAACAAUAUUGUGAAUGAGUUGUCAAGUGUACGAGAUAUAAAUAAAGACGACAGUACAGUGAAUUUGUUGUCAGGUGUUCAAGACAGAAAUGAAAAUGACAAUAUUGUGAAUGAGUUGUCACGUUUACAAGAUGCUUAUGAAACUGACAAUAUUGUGAAUGGGUUGUCAUGUUUACACGACAGAAAUAAAAAUGACAAUAUUGUGAAUGAGUUUUUACGUGUACAGGAUAUGAAUAAAGGUGAUAAUACUGCCAAUGAGUUAUCAAGUGUACAAGAUGUAAAUGAAGAUAAAAAUACCGUAAAUGAAUUGUCCCUGGAACAAGAUGUAAAAGGAAAUGAUAAUAUUAUAAAGGAGCCUAACACAAAGGAGAAAUGA